ACGACUGGAGAGCGAGAGAGCAACACACAUACAAAUGUCAACUGUCAAAAGAAGAAACUGAAUGACCAGUGAAAUCGAGAACAUGAGCGGUUCUUACUCCCUGCAGACUGUUGACAAAAAGAGCCCACCUGACGAAUCAAUCACGGUUAUGUCAGAGAAAGAAGCAGCCAUCAUGGAUCCAGGACAUACAGAGAGUCAGCCAUCCUGCAGUUUGAGUAUAAGCAAAGUGUCUUACACCGUCAGUGAACGUGUAGGGCCUUGGUGGGACAUGCCUUCCUACACGAAAAAAUGGACUCGACAGAUCCUCAACAACGUGUCAUUCCACGUGGAUAGUGGAGAAAUCAUGGGAAUUUUAGGAAACUCAGGGUCUGGUAAGACCACUCUGCUGGAUGCCAUCGCAGGACGCAUUGGCAAUGCAGGCACCUUAGAGGGAGAAGUGUUUGUGAAUGGGAGGAAACUGAGAAGAAAACAGUUUCAAGAUGUUUUCUCAUAUGUGCUGCAGAGUGACAACCUCCUCAGCUAUCUGACAGUGGAGGAGACACUCACCUUCACCGCUCAGCUGUCUUUAAGAGGAUACUCCUCAGAUGCCAUCCAGAAGAGGGUGGCUGCAGUGAUGGCAGAACUGAGUUUGGGUCACGUAGCUCACUCAGUCAUUGGAGGGCGAAUCUUCCCAGGCAUCUCUGGGGGAGAGAGACGCAGAGUGUCUAUUGCUAGCCAGCUUCUCCAAGACCCAAAGGUGAUUCUACUGGAUGAGCCAACCACGAGCCUGGACAGUAUGACGGCCAAUCAAAUCGUGGUUUUGUUGGCCGAGCUUGCCAAAAGGGAUCGUAUUGUCAUUGUGACCAUCCAUCAGCCCCGCUCAGAGCUAUUCAGAAUUUUCAGUAAGAUAGCCAUCAUGAGUCGAGGUGAAUUGGUAUUCUGUGGCCAACCAGGGGAGAUGGUGGACUUUUUCAACAGCUGUGGCUACGAAUGCCCAGAGUACUGCAACCCCUUUGAUAUCUAUGUGGAUCUUACCUCUGUGGACACACGCAACAGCGAGAGAGAGGUGGCCACCUACAACCGCAUGCAUAGCAUCACCUCAGCCUACCAAAACUCCGACAUAUAUGAGGGCAUGCUGGGAAAGAUUCAGAAAUGCUGUCAGCCUCAGGAAAAACCCAGCAUCCCAUUUAAAAGCAGGACAUCACCCACUUGUGCAUCCAAACUUUGGGUUCUCCUCAGGAGGACGAUGAAGAAUCUCUCUCGGGACCGUAUGGGUGUGCUCAUGCGUCUCUCCCAGAACCUUAUCUAUGGCCUCUUUGUCGCUUUCUUUGUCAUGAGGCUGAAUGAUGAUGUCGACAGGGGAGCGGUGCAGGACCGUAUCGGAAUCAUCUACCAGUCCAUCGCGGCAACACCCUACACUGGCAUGCUCAACGCAGUGGCCCUGUUCCCUGCCCUCAGAGCAAUAGCUGAUCAGGAGAGUAUGGAUGGCCUGUACCACAAGUGGCAGAUGUUCCUGGCCUAUGUCAUUCAUAUCAUCCCCUUCAGUGUCAUCAGUGUGUUCAUAUUCACUUCAUUCCUUUACUGGACGGUGGGCAUGAAUCCAGAACCUUGGCGAUUCGCAAGUUUCUCAGGGGUGGUCUUGGUGCCUCAUUUCAUUGGUGAAAUGCUGACUCUGGCCUUGCUGGGUGUUGUUCAUGAUCCAAAUAUGGUGAACAGUGGGGUGGCCUUACUCAAUAUUGCCGGUGUCAUGUUGGGCUCAGGCUUCCUGAGGAGCAAUAAAGACAUGCCGAGGGUAUUUCAGUGGCUGAGUUACCUCACCUUUCAGAAGUAUGGCUGUGAACUUCUCAUCUUUACAGAGUUCCACAGUUCCAACUUCACCUGUAGUGAGUCAUCUGUUGUUCCUGGAGCAUGCUCGAUGAUCUCUGGCGAUAAUAUAAUAGAUGCAAGUUACCCUGGAGCUGAAACACGCUUCACAAUGGACUUCUUACUACUCUAUGCAUUCCUGCCUGCACUGGUCAUUCUCGGAAUCAUCAGCUUCAGGAUCCGAGACCGCCUCAUCCGACGCUGACACUCUAUUGACUUUUUUUUACAUUUGUGUGUGCAUGUAUUGCAUUGGCUUGGAUUCAACCAAGAGCUAUAGCGAGAGCUUGAUAUACAUUCACACUCCUAAGACGUCCCAGGACGAAGACAGAGAUGAUGGAAUCAAGUCAAUUAUUACAGCUCCAUUUUCAGAACGGGGCGGUUUUAUUGGACUUUGACAAUAUCAUGUGACUUUGCAGACUGAAAUCAAGGUAAAUGAAAUGCAAGUAAGGACCAUGGGGAAGAGGGAACAAAUGAUCAUGAACAGGACCAAAAACAGCUUUUGGUUUCUAGACCAGAUCUUCACAAUUUAGUGUAAAAUAGAAAAUUCCUAAUCAUUUCAACCUAUUCACAAACACAAUAUGCAUACAAUAUCCAUGACUAAUAACGCUUGCGAUAAGGGAAAAAUCAGAUUAUUGUUUCAUAAAUCUUUAGAUUUUUAAGUCCAAAUCAGUUUUGAGAGUACCUCUCUCCUUCUUGAAAUUUGUCCACAACCACAUGAUGAGAGAAAAAUAUAGUUCACUGUCAAACACUCAAGCACUCAGGACCACCAAAUAAAAACAUUGUUUCCUUCCAUAGUAAAUGAACAAAUGAAACAAAAAAAGAAGAGCUUUGGAUUCAUGACAUCUUUGACGAAUUUAAAGAAAUAUAUAUGAGUAAGAAAGUUUGCAGGAUCUGUUUAUCUGAGUCUCAUUCAAAUGGCUUGGAUCUAUGUGUUUUUUUAGCCGUGUAACUUUAUUUGUGAAUCUACUAAUUGGCUUAAAAGCACUUUGUUUUUUUCCCCUCUGGUUACAAGAGGUGAAUAUUUAUGCCAA